CUCAGGUCGGGUUUUCAACCAAUCAAAGAGUAUUGAUUUGAAAUAUUUAAUUCAAGGAAAAAUUGAGGAUCUCUUUAUGACAGGAUCAUGGUCGUUUUAAUAAAAUCCCUAAUUAAAAUAUUAAGUUAAUCAGAUGCCUUCCAAUGAUUAAUACUCGUCAAGAUCUAGAUUGAAAGAAGUAGGUUUGCCAAAGCAAAGUGCUUUAAUCAAUCAUGGGAAGACGUGAUAAGUAAAUGUACUUAGUUAUUGAAUUAUUGGGUCUAACUUAACUAAACCAUCACAAUAGGAUUGUGGGUUUAGAGGCAUAGAGUUUGGUGAGAUUUAUUACAUAAAUAUGUGCAAAGGGUUGCUCCACCAAACUAUCCAAGAGUUAUAUUUGAUAUAAUUGACAAAUGUUGUCUACCUAAAUAGUCAUGUUUUGAGGGUAUUAGCCCACGCUAACUUAAAACAUGGAUGAAAUAUGGAUCUUGGCUCACUAGAAAGAUUUGCAGAAAUGCUUUCCGAAUUAAUAGUUAGGGCUAUUGAUUUGAACAAAAUAGUGGGAGAUAUAUAUUUUGAAUAUAUAUUUAUAAUCACUUGAACAUAAUUUAAUAAACAUCUGUAAACUAAUUUAUCUUAUGCAUUUGAAAUAUUGUAGAUAUCCAAUGGCAAAUAAUUCAAACAACUUCUCUGUACGAUCAGUCCUUGAGAAGGACAAGCUGACAGGAACCAACUUCCUUGACUGGCAAAGGAAUUUGAGGAUUGUCCUCAAACAAGAGCGCAAGCUCUAUGUCAUAGAUAUUCCUCGCCCUACACCUCUCGCUGAAGGAUCAACCCGUGCUCAGCAUACUGCUUAUCAGAAGCAUAUCGAUGAUGACACGGAUGUUCAAUGUCUCAUGUUAGCGACCAUGAGUGCUGAACUUCAGAAACAACAUGAGAAUAUGGAUUCUUAUGAUAUGAUUGAGCACCUUAAGCGUAUGUUUGAGGGACAGGCUCGUCAGGAGAGGUUUGAUACUUUCAAAUCUUUGAAUGCUUGUAAGCAGGGUGAACGUGAUCCGGUAGGACCGCAUGUUCUGAAGAUGAUAGGGUAUAUUGAUUAUCUUGAAAAAUUGGGUGCCCCGAUUGGUCCGGAGCACCAAAUUGAUCUGAUCUUGCAAUCUCUAAACAAUAACUAUUCUCAGUUUGUAAUGAAUUACAAUAUGAAUGAGAUAAACAAGAACCCCGCCGAAUUGUUGGCAAUGUUGAAAACUGCUGAAACCAACAUUCAGAAGGUGUCCCCUACUCCCAUAUUGAUGGUGAAUAAGGGGAAGGCCAAAGGAAAGGGUAAAUGGAAAGGCAAGAAGAAGAUGGGAUCUAAUUCUAAUGCCAAUCCGAAACCUGGUCCGACUAAGGCCUUGAAACCGAAAGGUGGUGUUCAGAAGGAUGGUGAUUGUCACUAUUGCAAGAAACCAGGUCAUUGGAAGAGGAACUGUCAUGCUUAUUUGGAGGAUCUGAAGAAGAAGAAGGCUGCUGCCGCUUCUGAUUCAGGAACUACAGGGAAGUAGGCCAUUGGCAAAGGGAGAAGUCGACCUACGAGUUGGCAAUGGAGCAAAAGUUGCUGCUAUAGCUGUAGGGACUUAUCAUUUAUCGUUGCCCACUGGGCUUAUUUUAGAACUUGAGAAUUGUUUUUACGUGCCUGCAAUUUGCAGAAACAUUAUUUCAGUUUCUUGUUUGGACAAGAUAGGUUUUGCUUUUUCAAUUCAGAACAAUAGUUGUUCCUUUUCUUUGAAUAAUGUUACCUAUGGGGUUGCACGUUUAUUUAACGGUUUAUAUGUUCUUGACUUGGAUACUCCCAUCUAUAAUGUGAAUAAUAAACGACUUAAAACUGAUGACUCAAAUAAAACAUACCUCUGGCACUGUCGUUUAGGCCAUAUAAAUGAGAAGCGCAUUUCCAAGUUACAUAAGGAUGGAUACUUGGAUAAGUUUGAUUUUGAAUCAUACGAAGCAUGCGAACCAUGUCUCAUUGGAAAAAUGACUAAAGCACCUUUCACAGGACAAGGUGAGAGGGCCACUGAGAGAUUGGAACUAAUACAUAGUGAUGUAUGUGGUCCAAUGCGAACUAUGGCAAGAGGUGGCUUUUACUACUUCAUAACAUUUACUGAUGAUUUCAGUAGAUAUGGAUAUGUGUAUCUUAUGAAGAAUAAAUCCGAUUCUUUUGAAAAGUUCAAAGAGUACAAAGCUGA